AGUGGAAGAUUAUUAAGGCCGCCUCGAAGAAUAGAUAUCCAUAGUCAGUUGUUUGGGAUUAUACACACGGGAGAGGACUUGCUGUCAGUGUGUAUAGAUGGUGAAAUGACUUCACACUAUUGAGCGCUGACACACAGAUACACGGAAUAUGACAGAGAAAGUUUAGAAAGUCACUUCAGCACAACUGAACGAAGAGAUAAUUUAUUCAAAAUGCCGGCAGAGAAACACGACCAUGAUCACCACACAAAAGAAUCGGCUGCUAAACUCGUGACGUCACACUACGGGCGGAACAAACGGCAAGUGGAGCAGAAAGAGCGGAAACCAGACGACAAACGACGAAGCGAACAAUCGACAGAUAACCAGCCACCUAAAGCGAGAGAUCAGAAUGCGAAUGACGAAUCGGUGGUCCAUCUACAAAACGGAGACGAGAGGGUCAUCCUGGCAUCAGCCGACGAGAGAGGAGAAAGCAAGACAGACGACAACGAAAACACAGCAGACGGCCAACAGACUUCUGGUACAGACGAACUACACACUUCCAGUGCGGAUGACCGACAGAAGUCUGAUGCAGAUAAUCAGCAUGCAGACGAUCGACAGAAUUCCGGUACGCAGAUGUCAAUAGAGGACGACACAGCAUCGUCAAAGUCUUCGACGUCAGAGCGAUCACAGACGCCUUUCAAUCCCCUGUCCAACAUCAACCAUGACAACUUUGACAUCAGAUCAUUCAACUCGAGUAUCAGCGAUUUCGUGGAGUUGUUUUCGGAGCCGCGCUACCAGGACGUGGACGGCGACUACCCCGUGGACGACCUCAUCAGCGUCGUGUCGUCAGUGUCGUCAUCCAUCGACAUGUUCCGCUCCUACACCGAGCAGUCGCAGCGACACCUGGAGGAGCUCAGGUCCAAGAUGAAGACUGUGAAGGAAAAUAUAUACAUGAGUGUCACCAGGCAGGCCUUCCAAAUCAAAGAUGACGACUACCAGACUGUGGAGGAAAGGGAGCUAACCGAGAAGCUCACAGCUCUAAACGCCGCGUGUGCCAAGGCUAACGCUGACGUAGCCGAAGCCGUCCGUCUGUCGGCGGAGACUGAGAGCACAGCCGUCAAGGCGCAGCUUUCAGCUGAGAGAGCGAAAGAAGAAGCUAAACGAAUAGAGGCUGAGAUAGAAAGAAAAGCGCAAUUCGAGGCUCAGAGGAGAGAAGAGGAAGAGAGACGACGGGAAGAAGAGAGGAGGCGAGAGGAGGAGGCGACAAGGAGAGAAGAGGAAGAGAGGAGGGCGAAUGAAGCGGAGUGGAGACGGAGGGAAAUGCAAGGGAUGGAGAAGAAUGUGUGGGACAAGUGGCCGGUUCACGACUACAAGGAUCAGGACAGUAAUCUCGUGUUCGUGAUCCGGGGUCACCCAGCUCAGUUCGAGAAGAAUGACAUCAGAUAUGACGUCAUUGAACCCAACACUCUGGACAUCAGGUUUUCAGACCACGAGGAGCUGAUUGGUCAGAUUAUCGAGCUGAGGUCAGCACGACCUCAGAUACAGCUGCCGGAACCAUUCUAUUUAGCCAUUCCACAUCUCAUGACAAGGGGCGGAGCAGCGGCUAGGGAACCAGUCAUAAAGACGAAAGUAGAUGGCGCUUGGGUGGAACUACUGACGAAGGAAGUGACGUUUGACAAUUUCAAGGAUCUGAAAUUUGCCCAGGCGGAAGUUGAGAGCCUUUCCACAUUUAUCGUAACAUCAAGAUUCAAACGCGAUUUUGUCACAUUUACGCGGAAACAGGUGAAGGUGACGUCAUCAUUCGAUCACCGAAUAACACUGAAUGUUCCGAGAGACACAUUUAUGACGAAACAGCGUCUCCUUUUGCAGGUACAACCUGUCGAUUCAGCAUCCGUCAACGACUUCCGGUCACGUGACUCCCACUUCAAAAGUCUGUUGACGUCCAGUCCAAUUGUGUACACGGAAUGGGAGUGUCAGGAGUUCAAGAACGAAAUCACGAUGACGUUGCCGUGUCCCCCGAACCCGGCCAAGGCGAAGAAGCUGGCGCAGAUACGGAAGAUGAAGGAGGAGAAGAUGAAGCAACCCCAGCGAGGAGGAAUCGUCACAAUGAUGGACCAGGAGCGAGAGGACAAGGAGAAGAAACAGAGACAGCAGGCGCUCGAGCUCGACCAGCCCGAACGCAAAGGUCAAGGCCGCUGGUAUAUGGGCGACUAUGCAGCAUCUGACGAUGACGAGAAUGACGUGUUAUAUUUCGUGGCUUACCUUCAUGGAAAGCUGGUCGUUAUACCGGAAGUAAAAGUCGUCCAAGCCAAGCUAGAACUUGUGACCUUCGACCUCAUGCGAGGAUAUGAAAGGUUUAUGGUGAUUCGAACUCGGACCAAUGUGAACGACGAUAUGGCGAUGUCACUGGCGUCAUCACUGACCGACCACCUGUCCAAGAGAUACGCACAAGUCAUCCUUAAACAGAAGACUGACGACCCGUUCGAGGCGGCCCUGUACAUGGUUCCUGUGUCGCGCGUGGAGCGGACGGUCAAACAGCUGAGUGAGGAGGGCUACGAGGACGGGCCGGGCGUCAGCCAAGUGCUCGCGCUCUCAGAAGGGGAGACAAUCGAGAUGAACUUCCGGGGCAAUAUAAGGAAGGCAGACGACUCCCCCCUGGAGCUGCACUUCCACUCGAACCUGACCCCGCACGUCUACUUCACGGUCACGGAGCUGGAUAAAUACCUCCAAAAGAACUUUCCCAUGUUCAGAGGCGUGGUCGGCGUCUUCCGGCGAUACACCGUCGAGGUGGCGGAAGUGAUGUCACUGACCCGGAAGGAGGAUGACGUGGCGCCCGAGCCGCAAGUGCGGCGAGACUUCCUCUGUGACUUGCUGCUCAGCAUACCAAAGUAUCACAUUGAGCCGAGCUCCGCCCCGGAGAAAGCGCCGAUCACGAUCCACAACACACGUGACCCGGUCACGGAGGAUUACAUGCACGAGCUGGCGAACGAGCUGGGCGACGAGUGGCGGCGCGUGGCGCACUACCUGAACGUGCAUCGCGUGCGGCUCCAGGCCAUACAGCGUAAUAUACAACUCAACGAGAAGAACGAGGUCGAGGCUAAAUACGACAUGUUGAUGACGUGGCUGAAAAGGGCGCCAAAAUCCGCCGACAAGGUGGGCAUUCUGUCCGCGGCGCUUACCCGGAGUGGACGGAAAGAUCUAGCAGAGCAGGUUCGAAUACGGGAAUCGGACUUCCGCAAACAGAAGAUAGGCAGUCGGUGAAAACACCGCCCGGAUACAUGCAAGGCAGCGCCCAGGGCGUUUAUAGACCGUUUCCGUGAAAAGGGAACCGACAAAUUGGCACAUAACUCUAUGAUGGAUAAAGUUAAUAUCUUAGAUUAAUAAUUAAAACAUAUUACUGACUUUUAAACCCAUUCCAACUAAAUUAUUUUUUAUUUUUUUAUUUUUUUUUUACUAAAAAUGUCGGUGUACAUAAACAAGUUUCUUAACAAAUUGCAAUCAAAUUAGAUAGAUUAAUAUCAUUUUAAAUACAGGGGUGAAGACAAAAUGUUACAACAGCCUUAGCUGCAUUGCUAUUGAAGUAGUCGAUAAUGCAGUACACCGAGACUCUAUGUUGGCUGUUCCAUCAGUUGUCUUCAUACUUCCAUUGUCAAAUAAAACUGAUCCUAUGAAAUGUGAUGAUCAUUUCUAAAAAAAAAAAAAUUUUAGUUGGUAUAGGUUUAAACGUUUUUAAUAUUUUUUUAUAUGAAUAUUAACUUUACUCCUUAUAGAUUUAUAUGCCUAUUCAUAGGUCCAUUCCGUCCAUUGAUAUUAAAAUACAAUAAAUAAAACGCUUUAACGGACGGAGUAACACAAACAUUAUCCGAGUCAUUGCGGCAUAUGUAUUCUACUUUCUGAACUUUUGGGCGGGAGAGAGAGAGAGAGAGAGAGAGAGAGAGAGAGAGAGAGAGAGAGAGAGAGAGAGAGAGAGAGAGAGAGAGAGAGAGAGAGAGAGUGUGUGUGUGUGAGUGUGGGAGACAGACAGCGAGAGUGGGAGACAGACAUUUAAGCAUUGUGAUCUUAUUUCAUAAUUACAUUGAUAGCUUUACUACAACAGGCCCAUAGGAACGGGGCGGGGUGGAGUGCUCUCCCUUCCUAGUAAGGCCCAAACAUUUGGGCGUUUUCUCAUCCUAUUAUAUGUAUAUACAAUGUAUAACCAACUUCAUAUGUCGAUCCUACUAUGUAUGUUCUAUGUAUGUACGUACAUUAAAAUUGCAACCUUUUGCGAACUGUAUUAUGUAAACAUUUGAAUGAGAUACACGAUCCUAACAUUGACAUUAUCACGUAUACCCAUUACUCACUUACUGUUGUAUUAUUUCUAAUAUGUUUAUGAUGUAGUCGGGGCCGUUCCUAGCCUAACAAAACAUUUGGUGGGGGGGUCCCUGGGGAGAGGGGAGUACAAAUAUGUUUUUGAAAAGAAUCACAACAUGUUCUUCUCCAAAUGGAAAAAAAAAUGCAUUUUAAAAUUAAAAAUGUAUUUUUACCCGUUUUCUGGAUAAAAACAAAAUAAAACAAAAAACGAAACAAAAACCCCCCACCAAAUCUCCCUUCCUCUGUCUCUGCCUCUAUCUCCGCCCCUUCCCCAGGAUACGCUGGGUACGGCCUUGAUAAUAAUUAUUUAUAUUUAACAACUGUCUGUGAUAUUUGAGAUGUAUAAAUAUUGUACUAAAAUGUGUUAAUUUAUUUUCUUAACAUCCGUAUUAAUCAGUGAUAGAUGCGGGUAUUAAAACGAGUAUGCGAUGUGCGAGGAGAUGCACGUGUGUAGCGGUUAACAAAAUUAUGCUAACACUUUCAUGUAUUAUAAUUAAGUUCGUAUUUUCAUGUAUUUAACCUGUAUAUUUUGAAAUAAACUUCUUCAUCAAGUCAUUUUGUCUUAGUCAAACAAACUACUACAAAUAUGGACUAUUUUGAAAGUGUAGUAAUUAAAAUCAUAGGAUUCGGUUGUGUGUGGGGGGGUGGGGGGGGUGGGGGGGAGGCAGGGAACAUUCCAGUUGUUGGCAACUUUCGAUGCUAAAAGUAGACGGUGGAUUAACCUACCAGCAAACAAUAUAUUUUCUUAAAAUGACAGAUUCUCGUUUUUAAACACUACGGCGUACUUUUCACUGAUGAAGCUAUUGUUUAUAUUUGAUUUCAGACAUUAUUUACAUUUUAUUAUUCAUUAAUUUUCUAUACGACCGAAGUGUUUAUAGUCAUCUUGGUGUUUGUAAUGCCACGGAAUACCACCCCCACCCCCACCCCCACCCCCACCCCCUUCAAAGAAAGAAAGAAAAUCCAGGAGAAAAUCUUCAAAUUCGGGCAAAAACAAUAGAGAAAUUCAGACAAUAUGAGCUUGCCUGAACACAUUUCACAGUGUAUUUUCAUCAUUUUACCCACAAUAUUAGUUUUAAUACAUGUAAAAAUACGUAGCGAUUCGUUUGCAACCAUAUAUGUCACGCACCCUGACGUUGUGGGUACAAACGAGGUCAAAAAGUCGAAUCAUGAAAGUUGUCUUUGCUAUAUAAAAAAGUUUUUUUGUUUAACGACACCACUAGAGCACAUCAUUUAUUAAUCAUCUGCUAUUGGAUAUUAAGCAUUUGGUAAUUCUGAUACAUAGUUGUAGGAGGAAAGCUGCUACAUUUCUCCCAGUGCAGCAAGGGAUCUUUUAUAUGCACUUUCUCACAGACAGGAAAGCACAUACCACGGCCUUUGACCAGGUGUGGUUCAUUGGUUCUUGGUACCACUGCGAAUGAGGGGACGCAAUUGCCAAUGGGGAGGGAUCAUGGACGAUAAGGAAGACGUAAAACAAACUGUCCACCUUUUCUCUGCAAUGCAUGCUUUUCCAGACAAAAAAACGCUGCUAUGCUAGCAAGAAUAUAAUAAUAUAUACAAUAUUAAAUAAUAUUAUUAUGUAAUAAUAUAAUAUAUUUUUGUUCAUGUUUAAUAUCUCUGUUAGAACUAUGCAACUUGCCAUAGUUAUAUUAUUAUUAUUAUUAUUAUUAUUAUUAUUAUUAUUAUUAAUAAUUUGUUGUAUGAUGUAUACAUUCAUGCAUGUAUGAUAUAUAUUCUAUUGUUCCACUGAAUAUUUAAGAGCGGAUCAAUAAAUGAUCACCGGGAGAA